UCCCCCCGCGCUGCCCCGCCCGCCCCUCGCGCUGCUCCUUCCUCUCUUCGUCUCUCUCUCCCUCCCUCCCACCGCGCCGUGCUGCGCUGCGCUCCGGGCAGGUGGAGCGGGGCUCGGGGCGCGGGGCAGCACAGCCGCCUCUCUCUCUCCUCGGCCGGGCCCUGCGCUGAGCUUGGCGUGCCCAUGGCCGGCUCCGAGCAGCAGCGGCCGCGGCGGCGGGACGAGGAGGACUCGGCGGCGGCGGCGGCGGCGCCCCUGCAGGACGCGGAGCUGGCCCUGGCCGGCAUCAACAUGCUGCUCAACAACGGCUUCAGGGAGUCAGACCAGCUUUUCAAACAAUACAGAAAUCAUAGCCCAUUAAUGAGCUUUGGAGCCAGCUUUGUCAGUUUUUUGAAUGCCAUGAUGACAUUUGAAGAGGAAAAAAUGCAGCUGGCAUGUGAUGACUUGAAAACUACAGAAAAGUUGUGUGAGAGUGAAGAGGCAGGAGUAAUUGAAACAAUCAAGAAUAAAAUAAAAAAGAAUGUGGAUGUCCGAAAAUCUGCCCCUUCUAUGGUUGAUCGGCUUCAGAGGCAGAUAAUUAUUGCUGACUGUCAAGUUUAUCUGGCUGUACUUGCAUUUGUAAAGCAAGAAUUGUCAGCAUAUAUAAAAGGUGGGUGGAUCCUUAGGAAAGCCUGGAAGAUUUACAAUAAAUGCUAUCUGGACAUCAAUGCCCUCCAGGAGCUGCAUCAGAAGAAGCUCACUGAAGAGCCUUUGACUUCUGACGCUGCAAAUGAUAAUCACAUUGUGACUGAAGGGGUGUCUGAGGAGUCUCUAAACAGACUGAAAGGUGCUGUUAGCUUUGGCUAUGGCCUUUUUCACCUUUGCAUAUCCAUGGUGCCCCCAAACCUGCUCAAAAUCAUCAACCUGCUGGGUUUUCCUGGAGACCGCCUACAGGGGCUUUCUUCACUGAUGUAUGCGAGCGAAAGUAAGGACAUGAAGGCCCCUUUGGCUACAUUAGCUCUGCUCUGGUAUCAUACUGUGGUCCGCCCGUUUUUUGCUUUGGAUGGCAGUGAUAACAAAGCAGGACUGGAUGAAGCAAAGGAGAUUCUUCUCAAAAAAGAAGCUGCUUAUCCAAAUUCUUCCCUCUUUAUGUUUUUCAAAGGACGCGUACAACGAUUAGAGUGUCAAAUCAACAGUGCCUUGACUUCCUUCCAUACUGCUUUGGAACUUGCCAUAGAUCAGAGAGAAAUCCAGCACGUCUGUCUGUAUGAAAUUGGUUGGUGUAGCAUGAUAGAAUUGAAUUUCAAGGAUGCAUUUGAUUCCUUUGAAAGACUGAAAAACGAAUCCAGGUGGUCUCAGUGCUACUAUGCCUAUCUGACCGCAGUUUGUCAGGGAGCUACUGGUGAUGUAGAUGGGGCACAGAUUGUCUUUAAAGAAGUUCAGAAACUCUUCAAAAGGAAGAACAAUCAGAUUGAGCAGUUCUCAGUGAAAAAGGCAGAGAGAUUUCGAAAACAAACCCCAACCAAAGUGCUUUGUGUGCUGGCGUCUAUCGAAGUGCUAUACUUGUGGAAAGCUCUUCCAAACUGCUCCUUCCCCAACCUUCAGAGGAUGAGUCAAGCUUGCCAUCAAGUGGAUGAUUCAUCUGUCGUUGGAUUAAAGUAUUUGCUUCUUGGUGCCAUACACAAAUGUCUGGGGAACUCAGAAGAUGCUGUUCAGUUCUUUCAGCGAGCUGUUAAAGAUGAGCUGUGUCGCCAGAAUAACUUGUAUGUGCAGCCAUAUGCUUGCUAUGAACUUGGCUGUCUUCUGUUAGACAAACCAGAGACUGUAGCAAGAGGCAGAACUCUACUUCUUCAAGCAAAGGAGGACUUCUCUGGCUACGACUUUGAAAACAGAUUGCAUGUCCGCAUCCAUGCUGCUCUGGCCUCUCUGAGGGAAUUGGUUCCUCAGUGACAGACCUGGACUUCCCACCCUGUCCCUCCCCACCUGGGUUCUGCACUUUAAAAUAAAAGCAGAGGACACAAUUCUUAAUGAAGAUCGGCUUUCCUUCUGAAAACCACCUGUGCCCGGGACACAUUUUCCCCAGCUAGCUAACAUAUUAAAGAUCCCCUCUUUUAAAGAUACAGAGUAAUAAUGAUAAUAGUAACAUAAACUAGCCACUGGGGGAGAGGGCUAAGUGACGUUGUUCAAACGUUUUAGUUUUGUGAUUUAUUAUUCUUAAAAAUAAACUCAAGCUAAAUACUUAACCCUGUGACAUCAUAGGCACGCCUAUCUUAAGCACAUGGGUAAUAUGAAUAAGGUACUUGCAAAAUGAUGCAAGACUUUAGCAUUUAUAUUGUCUUUUUUUGGGAGGGGGUUCUUUCUAAUGUUUUGCUUGACCCUCAAGUUAUCCCUGGGAAUAAUGUAGCACAAAAGCUCUUACCCACCUUUUUCAGAUAGUGAAACUCAGGCAUGAGGAGGCUAAUUUUAAUUAAUGUUUCCAAUUACACUCCCCUUUUAUUCGUGGAACAGUGAGUAAAAUGCAGCUCUCCUGACCACAAACUGAAUAUUGUUUUAUUAUAAAAAUAAAUUAAUCAUUUAAAAUGUCAUGUUUCCCUAAUUAAAAAGCAGUGCUCUUUAGCUGAAAUUAUGUCAUCAAAAAUGUUUAUCUCCAGAUUAUCUACAAAAUGUUUCAAGGGAAUGAACACUUUUUUCCUUAGAAAGCCAAGUAAGUGCAAGUAAAUAGAAGAUAGUUUUAUAACUAAAAGCUUAACUAUUUUUGCUUAUUGAUCAAAAAGGCUAGCCUAUAAAUUAGAUAAAUAACUUUUAUUUUAAUAGUUUCUUUCUCAUCCAUUGUAUAUCAGUGUUUGAAAACUUUUUAAUGAGUUACUUGAAAAAAUUAUCCUUGAAUGAAUAUAGUGAUUUCUUUUUUGUUUUUGUCUCAGGAUAUUUUAUGGUGAAAGAUUUCCUGGACAAUUUAUUGCCAGACUUUCAUCAGUUUCCCAUUAGCUCACAUUAUUUGCUAUUAUGAAAGGAGUUUAAGUUAUUUUUAAUCCUUAACUGCUAAUUUUACUGUCAUAUAUUUCUUUGCCCAGUACUGCAUACCUGCAGUUUUAAAGAGCCUAAAUACCUCAGUCACUUUUACGAAUUCCUGACAUACUUGUGUGACUAACUUGAUUCAAUUUUAUGGUUAGAUUUUUUAAAAAUUUAUAUGGAACUGAACAUUGUCAUUUUAGGAUGUCAUAUAUUCUUUCAACAGAAGCAUGAACUCAUGGUAAUACAUCAUUUUUUAAUUUUUAUUUUUGAUGUUGCCUUGGCCUCACACACAUGUGAUAUCAACAUUCCGGGCCAAUUUUUUCACUGAGAUAAAGACAGAACAAGAGAGAUACCACAGCACCAGAAUUUUCCCCAGUGCCACAAUAGCACAACCCAUGUAGUGGGGUGUGGAGCUGGAACCUACCUGAGCCACUUAAGUGACAGAUAUGCACCCACCCUGGUAAGCUAUUUCUCCAGCCAUUUUGUUGUCCUUCUUUAUCAUGUCUUAAAGUCACCCAUUAAUAUCUUUCCAGAAUACCACACGGGAGAGCAGGUGGAAUGUUGGCAGGUUUAAUCUCCUUAAUCUGGUUUAAUCUUACUUCCUGGUUUAAAUUUUGUGUGGAUUUUAGAUACUAGCCAAAGAGAAGAGAUUGCUAUGUUGCAUUCAGUGAAUGAGUCGACCCAGAAACCAUGUAAGUGCUUUCUGGAGAGAAAAACUAAUGUCUGGAAAUAUUGGCUACCUAAUCUCAUCAGAACUGAAAGAAAGAACAUGAUCCAUCUUGAAAAUAUGUUCCUUGCCACUUCCUAGUUACAGUGUAUGCAGCAAUGUCAGUUAUGAUUGUGACACAUUCUAAUUCUUCAGAGUUCAUACAUAGUUGAAAUUUCAGUUAAAUAUCGUUUGAGCUUUUACAUAGUACUCAAAGAUUACAUAAAGCCCUGUGGUUUGAAGUUUAAAAGCAUUUCUACGUUAAGUGUUCUAAUAGCUUAUUUCUCCAGAGAGAGUCUGAUAUUUUCAGUUAUGUUUGUGUUCGGAGCUCACUACAUGAAUAGGUAACUGUAGUCAGUCUAGUAGGUUUUCUUUAGUAGUCAGAUGUCUAUAAACUCUCUCUCUCUCUCUCCUAGGUUCAGUAUGUAUAUCCUCCUGGUGUUAAUGUGGUGAUUCCCUUGAAGAAAGGGAAUAGAUAAUGAUUCUAAUGAUCCUGAAAUAUCAAAGCCACCAUGUUGUACCAUUAGUUUAACUAAAACCUUGUAUCCAUUUUGAGUUGAGUGACUCAUAACAUACAUGGCCCAUGUGCUGUAACUAUCCAACCUGUGAGCUACUGUAUUCUGCCUGGAAACUUAGUUUGGUGUAAAUUGCUUUUAUUCCUUGCUGAUGAAGAAAAUAAUCAUAUAAGCAUA